AUGGGGAAAGCCUACUCGCCCUCUCAACGCGAACACGUCCGUUCACUCCUCGAAUCUGGACGCGACGAAGAGGCCAUCGAGAAGGAGACAGGCGUCUCGGAUCGAACGAUCCGAAGAUGGAAAGUCGAGCUCGAACGUACCGGGCGCAUAGGCAAACCGCCGGAGAGUCGGACGGGGAGGCAUCGGGUGUUGACGCCGGAGGUCGAGGCCGCGCUGUUUGAGCAUGUGAGGGGCAAUCCGGAGUUGAGUGUGGAUGAUAUGUUGUGGUGGUUGUAUGAUCGGUAUUCGAUUGUUGUGGGCACGAGGACGAUUCGGCGAGUGUUUGAGAGGAAGGGGGAUAAGGUUAGGGGGAAGGGGAGGAAGGGUGGGUUGGAUCAUGGUCCUGAGGAGGAGGAUGAAGAGGAGGAGGAGGAUGAGGAGCCGAGCUUGCCACCUGCACCGCGAGGAAGGCAGGGACAGCAGUAUCAGUCUCCAUAUGCGCCUAUGAUGCCUGGCAAUCAGCUUCAGCAGGCACCUCAAGCUCCAACAAAGCGGAUACCUGUGCCGGCCAAAGCAGCUCCAGCGCCACCGCCCCCACCUGUCGACAUUGAAGACGACGAAGAAAUGAUGCAGCUGGAAUUGCAGCAGAUCGCGCUACAGAAACGUGAAGUUGAGUUGAAGCUCAAAAUGCGUCGAAUGCAGGCUGCUAAGGGCUCUCCUGCUGCUUCGACGAGUCGAAAGACCGCUGCCGCUGCCACUACACCUCUGUCUGCGCCCCCGUCUACGCCGUCAACGCUAUAUAACCCGCGGACCGCUGUUGCUGCGCCCACGCCACCGAAGAGGGAUUCGAGGUCCAAGAAGAAGAUCCAGGAGUCGAAGCUGAGGACUGCCGAGAGGCAGGAAAGGAUGUUGAGGGAGUUGGAGAGGAGAAGCCGACGACGCGAUCAUCUAACAGCAGAGUGGGUGACGAGCAAAGACAUCUGGCCGCUUCGGGCACAGGGCCUGCUGGCGAAUCUCAUGCACCAAUACGGCUGCUAUGCCUACAGUCCCAGCAACGAGCAGGUCUUCGGCCAGAUGUAUCAUGAUCUGUACGACCUCGUGGAUCUGACCAAAGGUGACUGGAGCCCCGAAAUCCACGAUGAUCAGCUUCGAGAUCGCAUGAAGCGGAAGAUGGGCCAGCUGAGGACCAAGAUGCUCAAGACGGGCGAGAUUGUUAGUGUGAGUGUUGGUCGUGGCGGCAGUACCGGUGAUGGUUUCACUUCUGGAUCCGGUACCACGGCUUUUCAGCGCGUGGAAAAUUUCACCGGCCAAGCAGCUGGCGAAGACGACGAGGAAGGCGGUGGGGAGGAAGCUGAUGUCGAUCUCGGCGCUCAGCAACACGAGCAUCAGGGUCUUGAUGACGAGCCACAGCAGCAGCAGUUGUCGCAGCAUCAGCAGGAUCUAGAUCAGCAUGAUCAUCAGCAUUUGCAGUAUGAGCUUCCGCCGGAGCAUGCGGGUAUGCAUGGUCAGGCACAGCAUCUGGGAGGGCCGUAUGGGAAUGGGAUGAUGCAUCAGCAUGGUCAGUAUCCGAUGAUGCCGCAGGGUCACCAGGCGCAGAUGAUGCCAUAUGGAAUGGAUGGUCAGCAUGGGGGUCAGAAUGGGAUGGGCCUUUAG